GUAUUACGGUAACUGGGCUUCAGCCGCUGUGUGCUGGCUGUCCGGCAGGUAUUACGGUAACUGUCGAUUCAGAGGUGAAGACAGGUCCAGCCGGGUGCGAGGACUCGAGUCCCCGCAGGCUUGGUCCAGCCCAGAGACCCUGACCCAGGCUUCACACUCCGCCCACCCGAAAUUCUUCCUCACUACCAGGAACCAACCACGGGGAGUAGCUUCUGAGUCAGUCGUAGCUCCUGGCCGCGUGUUCAGGCGGCUGUGGAGGGAGAAGACCUGGGUUCCAGCCGUGGCCUCUCUCUGCCCAGGAGAAGGUCCCCCGUCUGCAGACAGGGCUCACAGGACCUGCGCACCUCAAAGGCUGACUGUGAGGUGGAGGAGGCAGGGGAGGCAAAGCCUGUAUAGACACCGAUGCUUCCACUGGUCCUUGCUGGGGUCCUGGAGUUCCCUCGGUUUCUCUUCCCUCCAGGUUAGAACAGGAACCGUUCUGCCUCACAGAGAGAAGAGGCAAAUCAAAUACGAAGUGUUCGGUGUGGCGUCUGCAGGGCAGCCCCUGUGGAUAGCUGUUGCCAGAAAGCCCAGAGGGGCGUCGCGGUGAAGCUCAGUGAAGACUUCUGUGGCACUUGGCGUACAACCUUGAGAAAGUGAAGUAAUUGCUGUGCUGGGAAAUGAGCUACGUCACCUGCAGAGGAGGAGUCGCUCUGCCCACAGCCUAUCCAGAAACGUGGAUGAGAGGAAAUCGUGGCGGGGACUUCCCACGAGGCUCCGCCCCGGCUGAGUCACCGGUCCCGGGGUCUGACCUGCAGCCGUCCUCAGCAGCAGAACACCCUGGACAGCGAGGAGCGGAGCGUCCUCGGAAGCCCCGGGGUCUCCAGAGGGACAUUUGUGAGACCAACUCCUUUGAGUGGAAUCCUCUGGGGCUCUGCUCGUGUCCGCUCUAUGCAAGACUUCAUCAUGGGAGGCAGCUACUACAACAUGGUGGCAGCCGUGCUGCUGGUCAUGAACGUGGAGAGAGCGAGAUCGGUGCAGGGACCCUGUGCUAACUGCCCAGCUGGUACUUUCUGUGGGAAAAGCAGGAAUCCGAUUUUUGUUCCCUGUCCUCCCAAUAGCCUCUCCUGUGGCAGUGGACAGCGGACCUGUGUGCUGUGCAGGCGCUGUGAAGGUGUUUUCAGGACCAAGAGGCCGUGCUCCCCGACCAGUGACACCGAGUGUGAAUGCAUUGCCGGGUUCCACUGCCUGGGGCCGGGAUGCAGCAUGUGUGAACAGGAUUGUGAGCAAGGUCAAGAGUUCACAAAGGAGGGUUGCAAAGACUGUCCCUUUGGCUCCUUUAACAACCAGAAAGGUGGCAUCUGUCAACCCUGGACAAACUGUUCAGGUGGGAGGCCUGUGCUUGCGAAUGGGACCAAGGACAGCGAUGUGGUCUGCGGACCGACCGCGCCCGGCUUCUCUCCAGGUGCCUCCUCCACCACCUCGCCUCCGCCUCCGCCUGCAGGGCACAGUCCACAGGUCAUCCCCUUCCUCCUGGCGCUGACGUGGGCUGCGGUGCUGUUCCUGGUCUUCUUCCUUGUGCUCCAUUUCUCUCUGGCCAAGCGGAGCAGGAAGAAACUCCUGUACAUCUUCAAGCAACCGUUUAUGAAACCGAUACAAACUGCCCAAGAGGAAGACGCCUGCAGCUGCCAGUUUCCGGAGGAAGAGGAGGGCGGAUAUGAACCGUGAAGUGGGAGCCCCACGGGAAGCACGGGUGACUGCGUCUCUGAUGUGAAAACCACCUGACAGGACAGCCACGACCACCUUGCCCAGUUUUUUCUGAAUGCCAACCAACUGGCCGUCAAAUUUGCACCACCCUUAGCAGAUGCGGGGGACAGAGGGGGCAUUUUCUAGAAUCUUCUUCACAGGAGGGGCUAAUUUUGUUUUGUUUUUAAAUCCAAAGAAAAUGAGAGUUUGACUUCUACCGCAUGGGCUGAUGGUUCGGCUAACAUGGUCAUCACGAUUCAGGGCAAGUUGUGUGCUGACGUGGCACGUGACAAUCAGCCAUAAGAUGUGGACGGGUUCCUGCUGUUGCCCCUCAUUCUGUCUUUUAACACAAUGACCCCCUCCCCUGGAGGGUCACGGCGAGGUCAGGGGGUCAUCAGUGUGCUGGUCCCCUCGUCUUAGGAAUUUUGAUUGUUUUCCUUGUUCUGAAGCAGUCUGUUGCCGUGAGUGGUGAUCAGGAGCCCCGGAGUUCAGUUUUGCGUCUCUGAGCUUCAUGAAAUCCGUGCGGUCCUGCAGACUCCCGCGGCCUGCUCUGGUCUCUCAGGGUUGUCUCUAGAAGGCCCAGUCGUGUUGUCGUCUGUGACUUGAUGCAUUCGCUUUGCAUAAUUUAUUAACCCCGUCCCUGUCAAGGGAUCUUCAGGUCGUCUCAGGCGUUUGCAGUCAUGAACAGUGUCGCUAAGAAUGUUCUCUUACGCGUCUCUAGGAAAACUUCUGGAGUUUCUGGAUCACGUAGGGCACGUGAGCGCCCAACCUCAGGGGCUGGGCGUGCCUCAGCCAGGACACACCAGGACCACAGCCACAUGACGCCAUCUCUCAGGACGCCGGCCGCUGUGGGUCCGGUGGCCCCACUCUCCUGCCAUGAAGUUCAAGGGCAAUCGCAAGCCUUUCUGAUGAGGUGGACAGCUCAGCAAGAUGCCUGAGGGGCUGACUCUGAGUAACAGUGAAGCAGUGUCGUUCACAAAGCUCCUGCCCCGAGCCCUGCUAGCUUGGAGACGUGUAAACCCGUGUAAACCCGUGUAAGCUUAUGUAAACCCGUGUAAACCCGUGUAAGCCAGUGCCUCUGCCAUCCUGCGUGGCCCUGCCACAGCUGCGCCCAGGCUGCGCGCCCGCCCUGGUCUGGAGUCCUGAACGUAGGUCGCCCUAAUAAACUCCAUUCUUAGCUGGGGUUCCUGUGUUCGUUUCCGGCCCCAGGAUUCCUGCUCCGUUGGGGGAACGUCCGUGCUCUGACAAGACAGACAUACUGAAUGGCCCCCAAAUCUCAUAGGUGACAGCACAGCAAAGGUCAUUUCUUGGGGCCAUGGGUGCUGCUGCAGACUGGCUGUGGCUCUGUCCUCUGAGUUCACCCAGGG